CGUCCGAAUCAUUUCCCUCGUUCAGUCUAGACCGUGCAGUCACUUGGGUCACACACACACACACACACACGACGACGACGGGAAAUCAGUUUUUUUUUGUUCGUUCGUGUCUAGUGCUAGCUGAGAGUCACACACUCUGAACGUCUGUGUGUGUGUGUGUAUAAUAUACGUGCUGGUGUGUAGUCUCAGAGUGUGUGUGAGAUAUUUCGAAUGGUUUCCAACACACACACACACUGGAAACAAGUUUGAGGCCGUUCACAAACUUUGUUGGUUGAAAAGUUCCUUCAUUUUCGACGCUAAUCAAAAGAUAUUUCUGUCGGUGCUAUUUCUCGUUGAUAUUCUUCGACUUGUUCUCUGUGUCGUGUGUUCAGCAUAUCCUAACUCGAGUUACUUUUUUUGAUCGACAAAAGUUUCAUUGGAGAAAGGAAUUGCCUAACAAUCAUCGUUUGAAAAUCACCAGGAUUAUAUUUUUGUGCUUGUGCGACUCUUCAACGUUUCAACAGGUUGACCGCGGCCGUCGGUUUGUUCAGGUCGACUUCCUCUUCUCUUUUGGAGUUGGCAUCCGCUUCCCGCCAUCCGGUCGCUCCGCAACCGGAUAUGAAGAGGAAAGAAGAGAGAGAUAGUGAAAAAGCCAUAAACAAACGUUGAAAGAAGGAAAGAAGAAAGACAAAUAAAAAUAGGGGGACUCUGGAUCAAACAGACAACAACAACAACAACAUCACGUGACGAGUGAAGAGAUGAUGGUUCAAUCUAUCGCUUGUUUCCAGCUUUAAAAAAAAACUAAACAACACGAACAACUUUUCCCGAAAAAACAAGAAACAAGAGAGGACGGAUUAAACAACAACAACCCCCAAAAAGUUGCUGUUGUUGUCCUUUUUUUCUCUUUUACAAACGACUAGUACAACAACUGGUCGGGAGACGUGAGAGAGUGAAAGGUUCAGUGGGGCCAUCUCCCAGAAUAGCGACCAACGCCCCUUAACGUGUUUGAAAGGAGGGAGGAGGGACCGGACGGACGGACUGGUUUUUUCUUCUUCCUUUUUUUCAAAAAAUAAAAAGGGGAGUUGGUGUGCCGGGAUCCCUGGAUCGUUGGUUCAUCCGUCCGGAUACCUAAAAUAACCUUCUCUCCUCUUCGGCUACCUCCUCGUUUGUGUGUGUGUGUGUGUUUGUGGGUUUGUGUGUGUGUGAGCUGAUUCGUUCGUGCGUGUACCAUGAAGGAGCUCGUCUUUUCCAGCAACUAUCCGGGUUAGAGUUGCCCGUCCCGUCAGUGGCCCACCAUCCCAUCACCAUCCGCCAUGGAAUUGAAAGUUUGGGUGGAGGGUAUCCAGCGGGUCGUCUGUGGCGUAUGCGACCGGACAACUUGCCAAGAUGUCGUCUAUGCGCUGGCACAUGCGACGGGCAAGACGGGCCGCUUCACGCUCAUCGAGCGCUGGCGCAGCAACGAGAGGCUCCUGGCACCCCACGAACACCCCCUCAAGGUGCUGAUGAAAUGGGGAGAGUAUUCUUCGGAUGUCCACUUCAUACUCCAGCGGACGGCCCUCGACGCCACGACGGCCAAUAGGAACGCCAUGCAGCCGAAUAACAAGAGCUCAAGGCCGACCAAGACGUCAGUCGAUCCGCUCCACGGGUUCACUCCGCCACUGACUUCGCCGCCUUUGCACGGCCAGCACCAGCAGCAGCCGCAGUCCCAGCCAGGAGCGUCUGCUACGGCGACGCCGUCACCGUCCAAGGAUUUGAAGAAAUCGCUGACGUUCAGCGGCGGCGUCGGCUCGCCGGUGGGGGCCGGCGAUCGCUCACGGCUCCCGCUCAACGUCGGCGUCGUCCGCGGGGUGCCCAAACGUCCCGACAAUAACGGCGAAUUGAACGAUCACAUCGUUGGUCAAAACGGACGCUCGGAAUGGACCGAUAAAUCCGCCUACGCCUCCCGGACGGCCAGUCCUCCUCCUCCGUCGCAUCCGCAAGUUCCUCUAGUUCCAGCCUCUUGUUCGUCUCAUUACCAGGAGAAGAAUCAAUCGCCAUCAUCCAAUGACGGCGCACAGCUGGUCUAUCCCAGAUAUGAUCCUCCGCUAUACGGACGAGUUCGGCUUCCGGCCGGAUCCAAUGGCUCAUCCAAUGACGCCCAUUAUUCAAGUCCGCCGCCUCCUCCUCCUCUUUCCUCGCACUAUCAACAACAACAACAACAAGAUUCUCCGCCGCAGAGCGAUUCAGUCAGAUUCCCGCCGCCUUACCGGAAUCCUCCGCCGCCUUUCGCCGGAGGUUCAAGACAGCCACCCCCGCCCCCGUAUAGGGAACCGCCACGUCCGUCCCCCUUGGGAGGAGGAGGAGGCAGAGGUUCGUCGCCGUACCGGGCCAGUCCAGCACCGGCAGCCAACGCCAUGACGCCGUCACCCGGUCGCAGUACGUCGACACCCCCUCGGCCGUCGCCCGUCCGCUAUGACACCAAUGUCCAGCCAAAUGACGACUCGGUCCCAGCAUUCGAUGGCAGGGACGACCCAUCACGACGGUCCAGGCGCAACCUCAGACUGGAUUUGAGUGGUGGGAACGCGCCGCGAACGCCUAGUCCGCCGUCGGAUCCGCAGCAAGCGCAGCUCAUCCAGCGGGUGAACCGGCAGCGAGGUGCGCUGGAUGAGCAGCAGGAGAAAUUGAUCCAACUGGAGCAGGAGCUGCUCGGCUGGGAGGAGCAGCUGCAUCGGCGACUGGACGACGAGCGCCAACAACUCAAUCGGGAAUUGACUCAACUCGAGGAUCGAUGCCGUCAGCAAGAAAAUCAAUUAUCAGAUCUUUACGACGUUGAAGUCGAAUGGGAACAAGUUUGUCGGGAAGGACAGGACCUGACGGAAGAGUUGGCUCGAUUGCAGACUGACGUGUCGUCGCUGGAUUCGCAAGUCAACGCUUGCGAGCCUACACUUCGACUUUUGAGGGCGGACGUCAGCGAAGCCGAGGAAAGUCUGGUGAAGGAACUCGAGUCGGAAUUGGCCCGCGUCCGAACCGAUCUCGAUUCGGCCGGCCAGGAAGAGCACGAUUUGAACCAAGAGGAUCAAACCACUGCCGAAGAACUGGCCCAAUCGGAAUCUCACGUUCGGUCACUGCGCUCGCAAAUGGAUCAGCUGACGCAGGAGAUCAAACAGGCCAAUCUCCAGUCGCUGAGCAUCGCCCCGGCCGACGACUUGAAAAUCCUCUUGGAAGGCCACAACAAGACGGGCCACAGUCGGCGUAUGCUGGGAUCGCCGCGGCAGCUGGAGAAUCCCGUCCCUACCAAUAAGAACCCGCACGGAGUCUGGGUUUGAUGAUUGAAAGACAUCUCACGUAACUGUAUCUCUCCCUUGACUUUUUUCUUUCCUCCCCUCUCGUUAUCGUUUCUUUUUUUCCGCAUUCUUCUUUUUGUCUUUUUGAACAGAAGACAAAAAACACACACACACAAAUCUCAGAUUUAUUUGAUUCUUUUCCCUUCUCCACUACCCAAACAGAACUGUGUACAGGACGAUGAAAUAUUUUUUUUUUUUCUUUUGGGGGCUUUAGAAAGAGAGAGAAACACUAUAGUUGAGGUCGUCGCUAGCCGCGCUUGAAUUGAUUACAUAACGACCGAGGCUUUAUAAAUUCUCUUUUUUUGUUUUUUCACAGUCAAUUUUGUUGUUUUUCUCUCCUCGUGAAUUUUCAUCUUUUUUUGUUUUCUCUCCCCAGCACCAUAUCGUUGCUCUGUGCCUUUCAUUUCUCUCUACUUUAAUACCAGAAAAAAAAACAAAAAAACAUUUAGUGUGUCGCCAUUUUCAUUGUGUAACGUUGUUGAUGUUUUUGUCGUGUGUCUCUCUCUCGAGUUUGUACUGUGUCUAGCCUAUUUGUUUUUUCUCUCUCUUUCUUUCUCUCCGUGUGUGUAUGUACGUGUGUGCGUGUGUACAGUGUUGAAGCCAAAGAUUCCUGCGCUACGAUUCUCCCACCUUCUGAUGGCCCCGCGUUGCGCGUUUCCUCCUCUCGUCAGUAGCCGGAAAUGGUAUUAUUAUUAUUUUGCUCUGCACAGUACAAACACAAGAUAAAGUAAAAGAGAAAAAAAAAAAAAAAAACAACAACCUUCCCCCCCCCCCCCCCUUUAAUCAGAAAAUUGUCCCGUCUUACUCUCUUUUUACCAUCCCCAUUUUUUUCUUUUUCUUCUUCGGAUGUCUCACCAGUGACUUGACUGAUAACCAAAAAAGAGAAAAGAGCCAAAAAAAAAAAAAGACUUUAAUGUCUAUUUUUUUUUCCUGUCAUUUUUCUUUUUGUGUUUUCCUUUUUGGACAAAAAUUCCUGUUUCUUCUCUUCGGUGUGUACCACAUUGUCUUUACUAACUGACGACGUCAAAAGAGACAAAAAAGACGACAUUGAUGAAUCAAAUAGACAGCACAGUAUUUCAUUC